AAACUCCAUGUCGAGCAAAUAAAACCACCUCCUACAGCCGCAGACUCCUUACAUCGUCUACCCUACUCCGUUAUGCCGGAUGCGCCUUGCUUAAUUGGUAUCAGUCCACAUGGCUUCCGGUAAGCGCCCGUAUGCGCGACCUUCUGGGACGCGAAACGUGCGCCUCUCCAUCCAUAUCCUACCACCUCAGCACAGCGAAGACAUAGGGAAGCGCUGGGCUACAGCUACAGAGGCGAUACGCGAUCCCGGCCAAAGCGAAGAACUGCAGCAGCAACAUACGGAAAGUCCCUACAAAUCUGCCACCCAGGGCGACAAGUUUGUCCUCUUGGCAGGUGAAGACGACACGUUCGAGCAGGUCUGGGAGAGCAUUGAAGAGCGAUAUGGGCGCAUAUACCCUCAGAAGUCACGCGGAUUCCGCAUCAAGAAAUUGCAAGACGGUUUCGACGCCGAUCUUGAGACGUCUCUUCUUGUCCGAGAGGUUUUUGACGAAUCUCCCCACGAAAAGGUCGUCAAGGUCCACCAGUUCGGCGCCGCGCGAGACUCUUCGGUCCUGCCAGAGUCGACAUUACGUCCACGACAAUUGGGUACGAGACCAGGGAUAUCCCGCAAACGUGGUCUUGGAAGCAGCCCAAUCAACUCCAGUAAAAGAAGACGGCUUGGAUCCAAUGCAGCGCUAGAUGAUGUACAAGAAGCUGACGACGGAGACCAUGGGAUGGGAGAGACCGCCGACGGCGACGGGCUAUUCGUAGAGUCUGGUGCGGAGAGUGGAUACCAUCCAGAUGACGGCUCGGUUGAAGCAGGCAUCGACGUUAAUACCGGCUAUCCUAUCGAAGAAGUCGAAUCUCCGAACCGGAAGCGCUCUGGCUUAGACAAAGUGCAGCUCAAGUCACCCCCUGAACAGAGCACCUCCGCUCAUCAGACGCGGAUACGGAGACUCGAUUCGUCACCUAUAGACGAAACUACAGCCGACCGAGAUAACCACAGGCGAGACUCACCGGGUGUCGAGGUAGACAACACUCUUGAGGAUAGUGGGGUUGAAGACUCAACCUACGAUUUUCCGCAAGACCAGACGAUCGACGAGGAGGCCUUUGGGCAGUUUUCAAGAGCGAAACCCUCGAUAAGGCGUUCAACUAAUCCUAAUGGCCCUGAAGACGUAUAUGACAUUCCUGGGUCGACCAUGAAACCCGCAGGGGCAGGACGACCGGCCGGAAGGCAACGGUCGACAGGCAAGCUUGCGAAAACGCCUGCGCGCGUAGUCGAUCUGAACGCCAAGAAGUACAGAAAACAGCAACAACCUGGGUCACCAGAAGACCAACGCAUGUCCAGUGUAGGUGGCAGGAUCUUACGCCACGAAAGUGAGCGGUACGAGUCACCAGGUAUCCAAUAUCCAACACCAGCUUCUGCUGGCUUAGAUCAGAAAAUAUCAGCGUUACGCAAGAUACUGGUCGCAAAUGGCGAUGAGGUACCAGAUUCACCCGCGAUGAGCGAACUUGAGGAUUUGCGUGGCGUUGAGAGGAAGAAAGUCUCGAGCAAGAACAUCAGUCGGAAAAGAAGGUAUCUGAGAAGACUAGAAUCCAUGGCUGGCGGGCACCCGACUCCAGACACUGAUGUCCGGAUCACAGCACGACCACUACGGUCAAGUGUGAAGAAAAGUAGACCAGGCAAAGUAGAUGGAAAGAGAAUCGCAUUUACUGAGCCUAGCCCUGAGGCUGCACCAGGCAAAGCAGAUGGAAAGAGAAUCGCAUCUACUGGGCCCAGCUCCGUGGCUGCAAAAGUCCCUUUCGUGGUUGGCAAGCGCUGCAAGAUUACACCGCGCCUCCCAAAGUCGCGUGUGAAACCUAUCCAGGGAAAAGCGAACUCAGAGGAAAGCACGCAUAAGUCGCCCAGCUCCAAGGCUAACAAAAGCCACGAUCUCAUCAACGGUGCUGUGUUUCCCGAAAAGCCUGGUGACGCAUCCGUGGGCAUGAGUAAUGAGACUCAAGGAGGCGUAUCGGAUCCAAAUGCUGAGGAACCACACGAGUCUCCUGACAAGGAGGCGUCUGAGAUCCAUGACGACGAAACUUUCAGUCCUGUUGAAGACGAGUCCAGGGCCCAUACUAAUGCAAAUUUUGUGUCUCCCUUUGAGGAGGAGGAGGAGGAGGAGGAGGACGAGUCUGAAGUUUCCGACGAACAUACUAAAGCGCGUGGUUCUGCAGCAUCCAAGGCUAUACACGAAGAGGCUUUCCCCCCAGAGCGAGCAGUCAGCAUUGAAUCAGAGAGUUCCAAUAUGUUGGACGAUUUUGGCGCUCUAGUCAAUACUCAAAAGGACCAAGUGGCAGAAUCUCCGGGCCCUGUCGAUGGCAACACACAGCUCCUUGUGGACGAAGGUAGCGUAAAUGACCCGGACGAGACGAUGGAAAGCCCAAGCCUAGAAAAAUCUCUCCGACAGGAACGGGCUAAGCUCAGCCAUAACAGCAAAGGUGAACGUGCAACCUCUUUCGAGCAGACGGACAGUACAAGCGUCUUAGAUGAUGCAGCGACUCAGCAACUGCUGUUGGAAGAACAAGCCUCGCUAGACAAACAAGAUGAUAGCAUGAGUAUCGGUAGUGCUAGGCACGACUAUGACACCGACGCCAUAGAAAUGCUUGAUGCUACUGAAACCAGGUCUUACCAGUCGAAUGGAUAUGCAAGUGAUCAUGUUAGUGUCAAGGAUGACCCAGACAUGGUCGAAGCCGGAGGAACGGGCAAUGUUCAGGAAGAUGAACAAACUGGUGGUUCGAAUGAUGUCAAAGAAAGACUUGCUUCUCCGAUGGAUGUCGACAUGCAGAGCGCAGCAGAGCCUACGGCUCAAGCCUCGAGUCCUACCCGAAACCAUGGAGGAAGUUCAAUGUCCUCUGGAAGUUCGUCCGAAUCUGAUGAAGACACAUCUCGACCAACACGUCCAAGAUCACUAUCGCCUGAACUUGGUGAUUUUGUUCCAGCCGAACCUGUAGCCGGCCUUGGUCAAGGAACUGUUGCUGAUCGCGAGGUUGUCAUCAGCUCCGAUGAGGAUAGUGACGAUGAGAGCAAGAACGACGAGGACUAUGACUCUGCCAAAGAUCCCAAAGCAUCCACCUGGGUCGCAGUGAACGGUGUCGGCACCAAUGGGGAUGGAGACCAGGAAGCUGCUGAAGUCAUUGGCCAAAGUCAACAGCCUUCUGGGCUUGAAAAGGCUGUCGCACAACAAGAUCAGGCCAACAAAAUUGUCGUUGAGCGAGCUGAGGAUAUUUCCAGGCCGGAAGAGUUCGCUUCGAGCACCGCUAGAAAAGAACAUACCGUAAUUAUCCCCGAAUCACCGAUGGCGAGAAGGUCAAGCCAUUCGCAGGACACGAAGAUACUACCAAUCUCUUUACAUUCGUCUCACACUAUCGUGAAAGACAGUCAGCCGCGCCAGAGCGGAGAUACCGCUCAGCCUAGCCUAACAAGAGGUGAUGAUCUGAAGGGCGCAAAAGAACAAUCCGACUCGGACUCUGCUUCAUCCAGCCCUAGCGCAUCAAGCUCGAGCUCCUCAGACUCGGACUCGGACUCAGACUCAGACGACAUCAUCCCACCCCGACCACGGCCUGUUGCUGUUUCGGCCAGUCAGCCAGCCAGUGUGCAGAGGCGCAGUCCAUUGAUGGGACGCUCACCUUCGACAUCGAACCGGCUUCCAAACUCACAACCAAUGCCUGCCGGGAACGUCGUGAGAUCAGACGGACCUUCAUCACUACGAGAAUUGGCAAUUGGACUGAAAAGUCCGUCUCCAGGGCCUCCAGCGCCAAUGAUGGCAAAGUCAGACUCUGACGACUCGACUGAAGACUCUGACUCUGACGAGAGCGAGAGCGAGGAGGAAGAUGAGGAGGAAGAUGAGGAGGAGGAUGAGGAGACAGACGAGGAGAAGGAACAAAGCAAGCACAGUAGUCUGUCCGGCGCGGCGACCCUCGUAAGUCCGGUAUCUAGGGCCAAACCCCAGCAAUCCAUGCCUUCGAUACCAGACAAGACAUCCAAGACAUCUCAGAGGAUGCUGAUACCAGACAAGACAUCCAAAGCAUCGCAAAAAACGCCAUUGAAGGCUCCCACGGCGCGGAGUCCUAGUGCAUCAGUCAUACGACCUUCACCUGCGAGUAUAUUCCGGGCUUCACAUUCUUCUCCAGUUCGCAAGCCAACGAGUAAGGCGUCUCACCCUGCCAACAAGCUCCCCGCUUCGCAACCGGCGCCAUCAGCGAAUGGACGCACAACACCGGCACCAUCGAGAAAGAAGGCUCGAAUAUCUCCAAAUAAGCCGAGGGCUAGUCAAGCCUCAAAGUCAAGUGGGCCUGCGAAUAGAAGGUAUCAUAGCACUUCACGGAUUUCACCUCCACGUCACAGCCAACGAUGAUAAUGUAUAUGGUCUACCUUAGUGUCAGAGGUUUACGACGUCAUGGCAUGGCGGUCAAAUUUACCUGUUCGCUUGUUGGAUGUAGUAAACUUUGAUUAUCAGAUCCUGCGUAGGGGGUGGUACAUAUGGUGAUUACCAUUAGCUUACUUGUAGGCAGUACCGAAUGAAUCUUAUUUAAGCCUUG